AUAGCAACGCAAGCAACGGGAACAAUGACAAGGGGAUUUCAUAAAAUCAUCAGCUAAAUAUGGCCGAUCGAACAAAGACGGCCACAGACGCGGGCCGGCUGCCAACAAAACAAGUUACGCGCCAAUUAUUCGUAAACAUUCGGAACGUUUGGACGCGUUCUGAAAAAAAAAAGUAAACAUAUUUUUUUCUGCAUUUAAAAAAAAUAAUCUUACAAUUUUCAAACGGGACUUUUGUUAUUUUUCAAUUAAGUUAAAUAAAAACUAAAUGUAAAUAUAUAAUUAUUAAUCUCAAAUAUAUUGAAGAUCUAAUCAGUCGUUAUCGUGUUAUCGUCGGGCAGCCGAAAGGUCUUAUUGUAUUGUGCACUUAAUAAGUGUUGGUUGUGAAAAUGUAUUGAAGCUGUAUUGAUAGACAAUUAUUAUUAACUUUAAAAAAAAUGGGUGAGACUGUUGAAAUAAAAGAAGGCAAAUACACACCUUUGCUUAGACAGUGCUUUGUGACGGCCAGCGUCGCCAUUAACAUCGUGGGCCAUGGCUGCGUCAUCGGCUUCCCGGCUAUAUUGAUUCCGAGUCUCCGGAAAUCAGAUUCCCACAUCCAUCUUACCAGAUCUGAGGAGUCAUGGAUAGCAUCUGUCGUCGGUUUCGCCCUCAUCGUGGGAAACUUCAUAAUCACAUUAAUUCUGGACAACAUCGGCAGGAAGAAGUCUCACAUCCUCACCAUUUUCCCAAACCUCGCCGGCUGGUUCCUGUUUCUACUAGUCAACAACUUUCCUGGUCUCAUGGCGGCCAGGUUCCUCCAAGGAAUCGCGAUGGGCAUGCUUGGACCUUUGGGCUCAAUAAUAAUUGGAGAAAUGACGGACCCAAAAAGCCGUGGAGUCUUUCUGACUAGUGUUUCUUUGUCACUGACCCUUGGGGUACUUUCCAGUCACGCUUUAGGGACGUGCUUCACUUGGCAGAUCAGUGCUUUGCUGUGUUCAUUAGUGACAUUCAUUAGCCUGUGCUUGAUUAUAUUCACUCCGGAAUCUCCAUCGUGGCUCCUUUCAAAAGGACGCUACGACGAAGCCAGAGAGGGUUUCUUUUGGUUGCGAGGGAAGAAUGCGAAAACGGAGCAUGAAUUGGAACGGAUGAUAACGUCUCAGAAGAUGACUCGUAAAGCCAGUAUUACAGGACAAAAAGAUACAGUGAAAGCAAAUCUCAAGAACUACUUCAGGUAUUUAAGCGAAGCGGGCAAGAAGCCGGAGUUUGUGAAGCCCGUAGUGAUAAUGGUGUUCCUUUACAUCAUGUUCCAGUUCGCCGGUAUAAACGUGAUCAGUUCCUACGCUACCGACAUCUUAGCAGAACUCCUUGAUUCCGAGGCGAAUUCAAACUUUCUGAUGGUCGCUUUGGACAUCGAAAGGCUGAUAUGCAAUUUAAUCGCCAUAUACCUUAUGAAAACGUUAAAGAGAAGAACCCUUCUGUUCAGUACAACGAUCAUUUGUAUUCUGGCAUACAUCAGUAAAGGAUCCUACGUUUACGCCAAGCAAGCUGGCAUAUUAACUUAUGACAGCCAAUGGAUUCCAAUCACUUUAAUUGGCAUAUAUAUGUUUUCGUUAACUGUGGGCGUGUCUUCGAUACCAUUUGCGUUAUCAGGGGAGCUUUUCCCGUUGGAUUACCGUGGCUUAGGUGGCGGGGUCAGCUACUUAGCUUUGUCUCUUAAUUUCUUCAUCGCUGUUAAAUGUUUCCCUGUUUUAAGCUCAGCAAUAGGGUUGUCGUUCACGUACUUCUUGUACGCUGGUAUUGUGACGAUUUGCAUGGUGGUAGUUUGGAUUAUGUUACCAGAAACUAAAGACAAAACCCUGCAAGAGAUAGAGGAUAGGUUUAGGGGUUACACUGCUGAGGAUGUCAAGAGUUCUCAGCCUCUCAACGCGGCCAAUGGAGGCGGGGAGAUGAUGCGUAGAUGUAGCUCUCAUAUUUUGUACUGAUUUAAUUCUAAUUAAUCGCCAUUUAAAUAUUAAUGAUAAAUAUGUUACUUACAUUAAACAUUUUGUCACAUUUCAAAAAGUGUUGUGGCAGAGUUAUGUUUUUUUUUAAAAAGAAUAUUUAUAUAUUUUUUGUAUUUUUGUAAUUAAGAAUAACAUCGAAGUCAUCUUUGGUUUUCGUAAGCCGUAGCCUUAAUUUGAACUACUUGUACGAUCUAAUCUCCUGGUUGUUAAUUUAAUUAUUUCUAAUGUUUUGAAUAGGUACAUUACAGUUUCCGUGGUCACGAAUGACCAAAGAACUUUAAAUAUUUUACUAACUACUAUCUUAAAGUUAGACCCUUAAGUAGUUCAUAUUAUGAAUACUGAAGCUCUUCUAAAGAUAAAUUACAUUUGAACUUAAUAUGUGACAUUUAGGUUAAGUCGGAAACAUAUCAGAAAAGUAUUAAAUCUCAAAAUAAAACGAUUCGUUUGAAAUA